AUGGCUAGAAGAAGUAGAAAACCCACUAGCGACGGGGUCAAGGGCCCCAGCUCCGCGUUGACUGAAUUCUUGAGAAGUGAAGGCAUCACCGACGCGUUCAGACAGAGACGUGAACGUGAAGCAGCGGGAUUGCGAGCCACAGCUACACCCGAGGCGGAAGAUGAAGGCAGCGGUGACGCUGGCGGGGGUGUUGCUACUGAUGGUGUGCGUGGCACAACGUGGUUUACACCAACGCGAGUGGCAACUGGAGGCGCAACGAGUGGUCGUGACAAUGAAGAAAACGAGAACGUUGAAAACGGUGAUGAAGAAGAAGAGGAGGAGGAGGACGAGGAAAUCAUUCAGAUGAGACGAGCGGCUAGAAGGAAAGCAAGAGCCGCGACUCGCGGCUCAGCGAGAACUCGCAAGCGAAGCGCACCCGGUGGUGGCAGCGAUGGAAGCGGCGACAGCGAUGAUGACGACGACUAUAAUGAAAACGAUGAUGAUGAUGACGACGACUUGGGCGCUGACAUGAAAAAAUUCGGAGAAAUGGAUACUUGCGUAGACUGUGGUGACAAGUUCGAAUUGUCAGUUUAUUCCAGGUUUAUUAAGGAAAAAGCGGGCUACUUGUGCAGUUCAUGCAACCACAGUCUCCGUGAACGAGAAAGGAAAGCCAAGGCAAAUCAGCUCAGCGCAAGAAGAAAGAGAAAAAAGGUUGCUCAAGCAUUGUUGAACAAAACCACCAUCAAAAUCGCCAAGCUUCAAGAUGUGUGCAUCAAAAAGAUUACAGAAAACAUUGAAGAUGUUCAUGCCUUGGGUGAUAUCGGACAAAUGAACUUGAGCAAAAUCUCUACCAUCUUGUCCAAGAACAGGUCUUUGAAUAACAAGACAAUCUCGUUAUUCUUAUCACCCGAUAUGAAGCACAUUGAGUUUUGGGAUUGUUCAAAUGUCGACUCGGACUCGUUAAACAAAAUUGCGUCCUUCUGUCCCAACUUGGAGUCAUUGACCUUGUUCAUGUGUGGGCAAUUGCACAAUGACAAUUUGCAGUAUUUUGCAUCCAAUCUAAAAAAUCUAACCUCGUUGUCACUAAAUGGUCCAUUCUUGAUUAGCGAUCCCAUGUGGCAAAAAUAUUUCCAUGCAGUCACGGGAAGGCUAUCCAAAUUCGAAGUGCGAAACACGCAUCGAUUUGGAAACGAUUCUUUGCACAGUAUGUUGCAGUGCUGUGGACAAGACUUGACCUCGUUGAAAUUGUCCAGAUUGGAUGGUGUCAACACGGUCGAGUCAUAUAGUGGGAUUUCAAGUCAUCUAGGAGAAAAUAAGCUCGAUGAGUUGGAAAUUUCCUAUCCAACUAGUGAAGACUUGGUCACCGACGACAUGAUGAUUGAGUUAUUAAGGAAAACGGGGGCGUCUCUUGCCUCCUUAAAUGUCGAUGGCUGUUCAGCGUUGACUGAGAGGUUUUUAGUCGAGGGAGUGGCAAAGCAUUGCCGCAACUUGACGAGACUCUCCAUGGCGAACCUAGACCAGGUAUCCAACGCUGGAUUUGCAGAGGCCUUCGACAACUUUGCAAAAGUCAACGCAGGUGGGUUAUUGGAGGUCAAUUUGACAAAGUGCACGGCGCUAGGCGAUCGUGCUGUAUAUGCAUUGUUGAAUCAUUCUUGCCAGACAUUGGUUGAGUUGAGUAUAAAUUCGUUAUACAAAGUGUCCAAGGAUUUUUUGUCCCAGAUUCUAACUAGCGAUACACACCAGUACAAAGUCUUGUUGAAGGAGAAAGCGCAAAAGGAUGAAUCGGUGACUUUUUUCCAUCAUGUUCAGUUGCCCUUGUUGACAUAUUUGGAUGCCUCCUUUGUGCGAGCCGUUGAUAAUGAGAUCCUCACUUUGAUCGGUGACAGUUGUCCAAAAUUGCAAAUCAUUGAGGUUUACGGCGACAAUAGGUGCAAUGGCAAGGCCCUUUUCGAUGAGGGAUUAAUGGUCAUUGGCCGCCAGUCCGAUGAUCUUUGA